CUAAUGGAUUUGAAGGUUUUUGUAGAUACUGACUCCGACAUCCGAUUGGCUCGUAGACUAAGUCGUGAUAUAUCUGAACGAGGCAGGGAUAUUGUUGGAGUUUUAAAACAAUACAAUAAAUUUGUGAAGCCAGCUUUUGAGCAGUUUAUUGAACCCAGCAUUCAGCAUGCUGAUAUUGUAGUGCCCAGAGGAGGUGAAAAUGAAGUUGCCAUGAAUCUGAUUGUACAGCAUGUACAUAGAGAGUUAGAAAAUAGAGGUUUUGUUUUCAGGGCUCAUUUAGCUGAUGCUCACAUUGGACAGCCAUUGCCGGAUAGUUUAUACGUCGUAGAUAACACCACACAAGUUAAAGGUCUUCACACAUUUAUCAGAAAUAAAAAUACGGGUCGUGAUGAGUUUAUAUUCUAUUCCAAAAGAAUUAUGAGAAUACUUAUAGAAUAUGCUUUAUCAUUGCUGCCAUUCAAGAAUGUUACAGUGAAGACACCUCAGGGCACAACGUAUGAAGGAAAACGAUUCAGCGGUAAACGUAUAUGCGGUGUGGCAAUUUUACGUGCGGGUGAGACAAUGGAACAAGCACUUUGUGAAGUCUGUAAAGAUAUCAGAGUCGGGAAAAUUCUAAUUCAGACAAAUUCCGAGACUGGAGAACCAGAGUUACAUUAUUUAAGAUUACCUAAAGACAUUAGCGAAGAUCAUGUGAUAUUAAUGGAUGCUACCGUGGCAACCGGAGCAGCAGCCAUUAUGGCAAUUCGAGUUUUGUUGGAUCAUAAUGUCGCAGAAGAAAACAUUUUACUUUGCUCUUUGCUUAUGGCAGAAUUAGGUGUUCACUCGGUAGCAUAUGCCUUCCCUAAAGUAAAGAUUGUCACCACAGCUGUGGACAAGGAAGUAGAUGUAAAUUUCCAUAUCCUACCAGGAAUCGGUAAUUUUGGUGACAGAUAUUUUGGUACAGAUUGAAGAAACUAGAAAUAUUUAAUAUUACUGUAUUUUACCAG